GCGUGAACCCUGUGCGCGAUAUGAGGGACCCUGUAAUCGAGUGGAUUCAACUGAAACUGGACCCCUCAACUGGUCCAUGAGACAUUACUUAUUCUAUCGUCUCCUCCCCUCCAUAUUCUUCAGUUCACGUACUAUCUCACAGUCUAUUUGAACCUCAUCAUGUCUAACCCUACUAUCGUCUUCGCGCCUGGUGCGUGGCACACAGCUGAUUGCUACGAUGUCGUCCGCAAAGACCUCCACGCCAAGGGCUGGGACACUGAGGCUGUUGAUUACCCCUCCGUCGGCGCUGAGCCUCCUACCGUGGGCUUGAGCGAUGAUGUCGCAGCUGUGCGAGCUGUUAUUGAGAAGUUGAUUGGGGAGGGCAAGAAGGUCAUGGUUGUUGUGCACUCGUACGGCGGGCUUGUCGGUGCUGAGGCUGUCAAGGGCUUGGGUUUGAAGCAGCGCGUGCAGGAGGGCAAGACGGGUGGUGUGAUCCAGCUUGUUUAUCUGAGUGCGUUUGUCAUGCCCAAGGGAGUUAGUAUUCUUGCGGCUCUUGGUGGAGAGUAUCUUCCUUGGAUGCGAGUUGAGGGAGACUAUGUUUACGCUGACACACCCGAGAACGUAUUCUACCACGAUGUUGAAUCUGAGACUCAGGCCAAGGCCAUUGCUGCGUUGAAGCAUCAAUCUCGCCGCGUGUACACCGAUAAUGUCGAAUAUGAGCCGUGGCACGACGUCCCUUGCUUCUUCAUUUUCUGCGAUGAAGACCGCGCUAUUCCUCUGGCUAUCCAGGAGAACCUGGCUGCUACGUUGGGUCCUGACACUGGAAGCUUCCAUAUCAAGAGCUCUCACUCGCCGUUCUUGUCGCUGCCUAAGGAGACGGUUGAGGGACUGGAGAAGGCUGCUCAGGAUGGCUUGGCCAAGAGCUCAAGCUAGAUGUGCUGAGGCUCUUGUGGUGUAAAUUCAAUGUUAGCGAAUGAAAAUUAUGAUUUGUUGGGAAAAUAAAAUGCUUUGCGAAUCGUGAGCAGGGAAACAACUGGCCGCACGUGAGAACUGAACUUUGUAUAGAGUUUUGAGUGUUUAGGCACCGAGUCCAGGCAGCCAUCACGUUCCCCGGCUUUCACUUUCUCUCGUCUCGUGAUCUAAUCACAAGCCAAAACCUUGUUCGAAAGAUCUUAUCGGCGCUUUGUCUUCACCUAUAAUGAUAUCAUGGAGAACCUUGAUUUCUUG